CCAGGCACGGACAGCCGAAAAGAAUCAGCAAGUGUGCAGGGCCAGGAAGAGAGCACUUCACCAACCAAGAGACACCUCCUUUGCCUCAAGACACCCAGCCCGCCCCAAGUUGUUGGCUGGCCGCAACCACAACGAUCUUGGGAGCACUCGUGGUCACGGGGGCGAAUGAUCGAUUCCGUGGGCGGCGGUGGUGGCGAGGUUUCGGAGGAGGGGUUUGCGGCUCUGGCUCUCGCCUCUAUUGCACAUUCUUGGCCCGCUUGGUGAUGGCCAGAUUUUCCAGGAUGCUGGUCUGGUCUAUAAGCUGCACAUGACUGUUUGGUUUUCAGUCAGGUAAAUUAAGAUGUCAACCAGUGAAAACUUGCGCACAGAGUUAUUGUCCAGGACUCCGCCUUUUGGUUUGAGACUAUGGGUUGUGCUUGGCAUAAGCAUUUGGGCUGCAAUUCUGUUUGUCUUAGGCUGCAUAUGCUUCCUGUUGAUAUACUGGAGGAAACGAGGGAAUCAUGGUGACAUUGCUGAGCCUGAAAUCCCGGAUGUAACCAAAGAAAUUGCAGUUGAUGAAGUGGGCAGCCGAGCUUUUGUAGAGAACAUCUGUGUUCAAGAAAGUCACAUCUUUCCGGUGAAGGAGAGAUGUACUGAGAAAGAUUCAGGGAAAAAGUUCACUCACUCUAUUACGAGCAAAUCAAGUGGUGACUGUAAUUUGAUUGAGUGCAGCUCAGUACACCAAUAUGAUAGGACUCAGGGGUUUUAUUCUGGUGAUGAAGGCAGCUCAGCGUAUGAUAAGAGGGAGUACUCCAAGUGUGCCAGCAUGUCUCCCCGGUCUGGUCUCCCAGAGUUAUCUCAUAUGGGUUUGGGUCAUUGGUUUACUCUCAGAGAUUUGGAGCAUGCAACAAAUGGGUUCUCUAAUGAGUAUAUCAUUGGAGAGGGCGGAUAUGGUGUUGUUUACCAUGGCCAUCUUACAAAUGGAACUGAUGUUGCAAUAAAGAAACUUUUUAAUAACAUGGGCCAGGCAGAAAAAGAGUUCAGGGUGGAAGUUGAAGCCAUUGGUCAUGUUAGGCAUAAGAAUCUUGUCCGACUUCUUGGCUACUGCAUCGAGGGAAGCCACAGCCAUUCAAAUUGCAGGAUGCUUGUCUACGAAUAUAUCAGCAAUGGUAAUUUAGAACAGUGGCUGCAUGGAACGAUGCGUCAACAAGGUGUUCUUACUUGGGAAGCCCGCAUAAAAAUUACCCUUGGCAUUGCUAAAGCACUGGCUUAUUUGCACGAAGGGAUAGAGCCAAAAGUUAUUCACCGUGAUAUCAAAUCAAGUAAUAUCCUUGUCGAUGAAGAAUUCAAUGGCAAACUUUCUGAUUUUGGAUUAUCUAAGCUCUUGGGUGAAGGGAAGAGCCAUAUUACUACUCGAGUUAUGGGAACUUUUGGCUAUGUAGCCCCUGAAUAUGUAAAUACUGGGCUGCUAAAUGAGAAGAGCGAUGUGUACAGUUUUGGGGUACUGCUCUUGGAAGCGGUGACUGGAAGGGAUCCAGUUAACUAUGGCCGGCCUGCUAAUGAGGUGCAUAUGGUGGAGUGGCUUAAACUGAUGGUUGGCAGCAGGAGAGCCGAGGAGGUUGUCGAUCCUGAUAUUGAGGUUAAGCCAACUAAACAGGCUCUCAAGCGUGCCCUCCUAGUUGCACUCAAGUGUGUCGACCCCAUUGCUGACAGGAGACCUACAAUGGGUCAGUCCGUCCGCAUGCUUGAAGCAGAGGAUGUGCCAUCACGAGAGGAUCGGAGGAGGAGCCGACCGGUGCAGGUCGGUGGUGGGGAAGUCUGAUAUGAGGCUCUGGUCCAAAUCAAGCUCAAGUGUGUUUGAAAUUAUUUGCAAUAGGGAAGGUUCAUCUGUGAUAAAGCUUUUUCACUUGGAGAAAUAGUAAUUCAAUCAAGCUUCUAUUUAAGCUAGUAAUGUAUGGUAGACUACUAGAUAUGGUGGUCAUCGACAUUCCACAAGGCGGUACUUCUCCCAGCCACGACUUCAAAUUUCUGACAGCAGCGACUGAAGAGAAGGGAAUGGUUUAUAUUUCAGACUUCAGCACGGCAUAUGAUUUUUUCUGAGUAGACGGCUACUAGGCUGGUAGUGCUGGGUUAUGAUGACUUGUUUUCCAUCACAUCUUAUUUAUCUAUUAUUUGAACCGAGUUGAUCAACGCACUUGCUGUACAUACAUUAAACAAAUUAAGUGCGUAGGCUUUGUAUGAUUGCAUAGUGUUUAUGCACACUGCUCGCUGUAUCUGUAAUGUAAGACUGGAAGCUAAACACAAUUAAGUGCAUAAUCUUUGUACGGUUGCAUA